AUAUUUGGGUCACUCGACCUUUUUUAUUUUACUACCCAAGAAGAGGCCUAGAGAGAAAAGAGAGAAAGGGAGAGGGGCAGAGGUGUACAAAGGUAAAGAAGAAGGGCAAAGAGAGAAAAAGGGUCAAGGUAGAGUCUUUCGAAUUCCAAACCCCACACCCACACCCAUAAAAAACCCACAAAUCCACAGGUAUGUAUGUGUCUCUGUUUUUUCACUCUCUUUUCUACCCAAAUUCUCAAAAAAUCUAAACGUCAUAGAGAUUUUAGGAUUUUCAAGACCAGGGUCUCUAUCUCUCCGAAACUGCAGAAUUGGCCCCAUUUCUUUUCCUUCUCUUUCUCUCCUUCGCUUUUGUACCUGCAACCAAGGGAUGGGAGGGAGGGAGGGAAAGCGCGGGAAACCCAUCUUCAAAACCCUAGAUUAGGUCUCUUCCCGCCAAAUAUUUCUACUUUCCUGCAAGGAGGAGGGUGGUCGAAGGCAGCGGACGGAGUCGAUCUGGGUUGCGUCAGGGCGGCAGAGAAACUCGAGCCCAACGAGUUCUUGAUUGACAUUGAACCGCCUUCAUCUGGGUCUGGUCUGGAGUUCGAAUUUCACCAACUUCAGUGCAUGUUUGAUGAGCUACUGGGAUCUUUUCUGGAAGAGGUCCAUGCCAGAGAUCGCUUUUGGUCAUUUCCUCCGAUGCUGGGACAUGGGUAGCCGGUAAGUUGCUCUUGACUGUGAGGGGUGGAUGUUGUUUCGAGAAAUAGGUUGUGGGAUUCGGUGGCGGAAGGGUGUGCAUUGGGUUUGAUUUUGAUCACAGCCUCAUCAGUCAAGUUGGUUUAUGUAAAGUAAUUGGAGAAUUUGAAGUCCUGUUAGAAAGACUUGUUGAAAGUAAAGGAUUAAAAAGGAAAGUAGAGUAAUACUGACCUUGAAUCUUAAUGGGGUUGAGCAAAGACCUUGAAGGUUACUUAUCCAAACUUGAGAAGAACAAUGUUGAGAAAACUCAAUUGUUGGAAGCAAGUUUGCUUUCGAACUCAGAUGCAUCUAAGGAAAGUGUUAAUGGUGGUGAAAAAUUGCAAGAUAUUUCAACUCAGCGGGCUUUGGAUUUUGGAGACGUUGGGAAGUUACAAAAUGAGGUUGAUAAUGUGGUGGCUGAUGUGAAGGAUAUUGUAAUAGAAGAUUGUGGUGAAGGCAAGACAUGUGCUAUUAGUGAUAGUGAGGAAAAACCUUGUUCUCAUAAGAGGAAGCGAGAUUGCAUGUCAGGGAUGCUGAAUUGGGUCACUAAGGUUGCAACUAAUCCUUGUGAUCCAAUUGUAGGAUCAUUACCGGAGAGGUCAAAGUGGAAUUCUUAUAGUAGAGAUGAGUUUUGGAAGCAGAUAUUAUUGUUUCGAGAAGUUGCAUUUACAGCAAGAUACGGUGACUCAAGUGCUGAGCAAUCCCAGUGGCAGAAAGUGCAGAAAAUGCAUCCUUGCAUGUAUGAUGAUCAAACUGGUUCUGGUUAUAAUCUUAGAGAAAGGUUAAGUCGCUCCAAGAAGUUCCUUUCAGGGAAAACAACAUCGAAGACACUUGCUUCUUCAAGCAAACAAACUGAUUGCCCAGCUGGUUUUGGUGACCAAGUGGAUGGAUCCAGUGAUUCCCCUUCUUCAGGUUCAGUGUUUGACUAUGAUAUUGACUACCAAAUUCCCAUUGGGCCAGAUUUCCAGGCUGAGCUGCCAGAAUGGACUGGUUCAAACUAUGAAAGCGAACCUAAGUGGUUGGGUACUCGGGUUUGGCCUCUGGAGAAAAAGGAUCACAGGGUUCUUAUUGAAAGGGAUCCUAUUGGAAGGGGAAGACAAGAGUCGUGUGGCUGCCAAGUCCCUGGUUCUAUUCAGUGUGUGAAAUUUCACAUUGGUGAGAAGAAGUCAAGGGUGAAGCUUGAAUUGGGUACAGCUUUCUACCUGUGGAAAUUUCAUAGGAUGGGUGAAGAAGUUGCAAUUUAUUGGAAGAGUGCAGAUCAGAGGCUGUUUGACUCUAUGAUGAAGUCCAAUUCUCUGUCCCUUGAUCAUUGUUUCUGGGAGCAAAUUGACAAGCAUCUUCCUAACAAAAGCAGGGAAGAUCUUGUCAGCUAUUAUUUCAACGUCUUCAUUUUGCAGCGCAGAGCAUACCAAAAUAGACAUACUCCCAACGAGAUUGACAGUGAUGAUGAAGAAUCAGAGCAUCCCAUCUUACUUACACCCAAGAAACCACGUAAAAGAUCCAAGUAGUUCAUGUGGUAAAUAUGAAGUCUUUUUCCGGAAUAUGUAAAGAGCAGCAGUGUGGAAAUUUUUUUUGCUGUUUUGUGAUUGAUGGCAAAUAGUAGUUCCUCUCUUGAUUCAGUUUUGAGAUGUGAAAGCUCAACAAUUAGAGGUAAACUUUUUGAUUCUGGAGAGGUAAUUCAGAAGGGAGAAUUGGCAACAGCUUUGGCGGUGGGAGCAACUAAUUGCUAAGUUUAGGAGCUUCGGUGCUAUUGAAGCAUUUUUGGCCUCUGCUUUCAAUUUUUGAAGUAUACUUCAUGUUCAAUCACCACAAUUGCUAAUGUCAAAAUACAGGUACUUUGCUUUAAUAUUGUUCAAUCAGACCUAGACCUUUGACAGCAAGUUUAACCUACAAUUGAAUUGUAGUUCCCAUGUGGUUAUGAUAUAAGAAUUGUUUCAUACUUUGCUUUGCUUGUUCAUAGUUUGCAUGAGUAGCAUAUGGUAACUUCCUAUGGUCACAGGAAUGGAUGUCAAAAGUAAAUAAAGAUUAAGAUCCCACAACCAUCUUAACUUCCUUACUUUUGAACAAACAUGCUGAGUUUUGAGGUAUUUUAAAACAUUUCCUUGCUAUUAUUGCCUUGAUAUUGACUGCAAUCAAACACUUGCCUGCUUGCCUCGUUGAACCAAGGCGUUGCUUACGGCACUAUUUCUAGAAUAGAGUUAAGUUACUUCU